AUGCCUCCUGUUGAGGUUCCAAGUUUACCGAUUCAGAUGUCUCCGAAUAUUGAUGCCCUCGUUCGCGCGUUGUCGAAGACAGAUGUGUGGGAAACGCUGAAGAAACUACGAACCGUCUCCAGUUCGGAAAAUGCCGCUGCUCAGUGUUACGGCGCCUCAUUUGACAAGGCACCGAAUUCGGAUCCUGCUUAUGCCACGCCUCUUGAAAAUGCACAUGAUGCUGCUGAUGACAUCGACUCCACCAGAGCAUACACUUCGUUUUGUUCCAGCUACCCUGCGACCUCGGUGGCCAUCUAUCAGAUAGCUCCUGCAACGUUCAUACCUCUCAGCGGUACUAAUCUCAGUUUUUAUGGUGGCCAGCACGGACAGGCGGGGUUCAACAGUGAAAAUGCCACGGCAGCCAAAAUGGAACCUGAAGAAAUGGUCGUCGACGAUGCAGCAUCUUUGGUCGUUACACCGCCCACUGACCCUAAGGAAAUGCGCAAGACAAUCAGGCAGAAAAUGCAUCGAUGUCCUAUAUGCAAAAAUCGGUUUAUUGAAAAGGACAUAUACGAAAGGCAUUUGCGUGACCGUCACCCGUCGCGUUUCGAUGUAUACAUGGAACAACAGGCGAAGGUUAUGGAGGAGCAGAGAUUGGCGGAGUUGGAGCAGAUGAGACGAGAGGAAAUAAAGACUGGCGGUUUCAUAUUGCCUGCGAGGGAAGUCGAAGAAGCGGAAGCACUUGCCGAUCCGGCAGAGAUCAAAUUGCCCGACGAGGAAGACAUUGGCGGCUACUACACGGUAUACGACGACUACGGGAUGCCUUUGCGAAAGCGACGACCGUACCGAAAGAAAAUCAGUCCCCAGUGCCCAUUCUGCGAUAAACGUUUUCGGAAUGACAACUCGCUGAAGAAGCAUAUAGUAAAGAAGCAUCCAGAGAUGGUCGGUUUUGUGCAGUGCAACAAGUGUUUCAAAGCAGUUAAGAACUACAGCGAGUUGCCGAAUCAUCAGUGCUGUAUGGCACACGUAUGCUGGCAGUGCACGCCGAUCAGGAACAUGAUUACAGCUGAGCGGUUGGACAACCAUCGCCGCAAGUUCCACCGCGGAGCGCAAAGCGGUUUUAAGUGUAACGAAUGCUCAAGGAAAUUUUUGACUCCCCGCAAGCUGCGCAAGCACAAGAAGAUGGCACACAUCAUCCGCAAACCGUUCAAGUGCCAGUUUUGCGACGAUUACUUCCCGACAGAUACCCAGGCUGCCUUGCAUGAGCGUAUCCAUACUGGCAAAGUGAAGUUUGAGUGUAACAUCUGCGAUUAUCGGGCGAACAGAUUCAUCCGACUGACCGACCACAAACGACGCGAGCACGGCUAUGUGUGCGUGAUUUGCGGAGAGAAAACCGUCGAAUGGUCGGAGCUGAAGUACCACACGCUGGAGGUGCAUGCCGGCUAUCUGUCCUCCGAAAGUCAAGCAGGUAAAAUGCGACAGAAAUAG